AUGGCUACCUGAUCUAAUUUUAAUUUACAAAAUAGAGCUUCUCCAUUAAUAGAACAAAUUAUUUUUUUUCAUGAUCAUACUUUAAUUAUUUUAAUUAUAAUUACUAUUUUAGUUGGUUACUUAAUAAUUAAUUUAUUUUUUAAUAAAUAUAUUAAUCGAUUUUUAUUAGAAGGUCAAAUAAUUGAAUUAAUUUGAACUAUUAUUCCAACAAUUACUUUAAUUUUUAUUGCUUUACCUUCUUUACGUUUACUUUAUCUUUUAGAUGAAUUAAACAAUCCUUUAAUUACUUUAAAAUCAAUUGGACAUCAAUGAUAUUGAAGUUAUGAAUAUUCUGAUUUUAAUAAUAUUGAAUUUGACUCUUAUAUAAUUAACUAUGAAAAAUCCAAUAUUAAUAAUUUUCGAUUAUUAGAUGUAGAUAAUCGAAUUAUUUUACCUAUAAAUAAUCAAAUCCGAAUUAUAGUUACCGCUACAGACGUUAUUCAUUCAUGAACUAUUCCAUCUUUAGGGGUUAAAAUUGAUGCUAAUCCUGGUCGUCUUAAUCAAACUAAUUUAUUUAUUAACCGACCUGGUAUUUUUUUUGGUCAAUGUUCUGAAAUUUGUGGAGCUAAUCAUAGUUUUAUACCUAUUAUAAUUGAAAGAAUUACAAUCAAAAAUUUUAUUAAUUGAAUUAAUAAUUAUUCUU